CGCCCGCCCGCCCGCCCGCCCGCUCGCCUCACCGGCAUCGCCUCGCCUCGCCUCGCCCACAACCAAAACCCACCCAGAGCGCUGAAUUGAGACCACGUUCACCGGCCAGAGUCUCCCCUGAAAAACGCCCAGAUGGAUAACAGAAACACUGAAGAGAAACCAGUCCAGCGGUCCAAGUCGUUCAGCUUCAAGGCGCACAAGGAGGUGUGCUCGUCCUGCGAGAAGACCGUCUACCCCAUGGAACGACUGGUGGCCGACAACCAGGUCUUCCACUCCACGUGCUUCUGCUGCAAGCACUGCAACACCAAGCUCAGCCUGGGAAACUUUGCCGCCCUGCAAGGCGAAUUCUACUGCAAGCCUCACUUCAAGCAGCUGUUCAAGAGCAAAGGGAACUACGACGAGGGCUUCGGACGCAAGCAGCACAAAGAGCGUUGGGCCGCCAAGGAGACGGAAAACAUCACCAAGACGGCGUGAAUACGCAAAAAAACACCGAGUUUUCUUUUCUUUCUUUUUUUUUGCCCCCAAACUGGCCAAAACUUCCACCACCAGUGUUUUGUUCUUGUUCUGUUUAGUCCCAGCUAAUUGAUUGUGACCAAAAGCCUUCUCAGCAAAGGCGAGGGGAGAUCUUACCAUGCUGUAAUUAGUUUCUUUCUUAUCGUUGUUGUUUUUAUAAAUGACUUGCACCUAUUUAAUCACGUCAGCAGGUACACUGUUUUACACACACGCACACGCACGCACGCACGCACACACACACACACACACGCACUCGCACUCAGGUCAAAACUAUCCAGGCUCUUUAUUGGCAGUGUCACCCAAGGAUUUUCUACAAACAUGUUACAAUAAUGAUCCGCAGCGGUCCCGAGCGCUCUGCGGGAAUCAAACAGGGUACUGUAAAGUUACCUCGCGUCUUUUUGGAAAUUCUUCUUCUUUCUUAAAUGAUUUUGCGUUUUGGGAGUGUCGGCCGUCCGUCUUCACUGCAUGUGGUCGCAUCCCAUCGGCCUUAUUUUAACCACUGGAUGGGCCUUUAAAGUCAUAACGAUUGGUUUUAUGUCGUAUCCAAGCACUGGGAUUGAUUGAUUGCUUGUUUAGUGAAUUUAUCUGUACAUAGCGCUGUGGUCUGUUGUGGUUUGUGACCCCCCCCCCCUCCCCAAUUGCCCCAAAACACCCACCACACAUUGGUGCCAUCUGUCAUUUCAAUCAUUCCAAUCAUGUGAAACCUUCCCCAAAUCCAGUUUACAAUAGAAAAAUCCCACGGCACUCUGACCCAAAUGCAAGGGUGGAGCAUUUAAUGUCUCCGUGGCUGGCAAAGAACCAAGAUGCUGACUGCCUAAGCCAUUGGCACCUGGACCUAUUGCCCCCUCUCUCUUUCAAAAGAGUAGCUAGCUAGCUAGCGCAUGCUGCAUGCAUGACAGCCGGCCGGUGCAGACGUGCUGCUGACGUGGUGCUGGAUCCAUGGUCUGAGGAAGAAUAGUCAAUGACUGAACUUUUUUUUAAUGCCUUUUUAGUCAAAGUUGACUCCGUUUGCGGUCUCCAUUUUGGAUUGACCGACAAUUAAAUCAAAUUUUAAUGUCUUGUGUAAAAGUAAAAGCUCCUUUUAGGGACUCGGCUGACACUUGAAUGACUCGGUUGAUUUUGUUACUGUGAAUCGAGCAUGCUGUGAUCAAUAAAACCGAUUGAUAUUUGCAUUUUUUUUUAAAGAGAAGCCUUAGAACUAAUUAUGUCUACAUGUCCUGAUCAUGCCUUUCCAAACGUAGACGACAUUUCCCACGUAACCAGCAGCCCCCCCCACCUCACGCCUCCACAAAAUAAUGUAUAAUACUUCUUACUCUGCUCUUACAUCCUUUGUGUGUGUGUGUGAUGACUUUUUAACCCUUGACUGCUUUAAAAUCAAAGUUAUUGUACUGUAUGUGGAAAAUGGUGUCUUUUGUUUUGUCUUGACACUCGCCAAGGUGCAACAUCUGUGAACGUCACUUUGGUCAGGUGACAGGUGAAAUGUAUUGGUCUGUUCUCGUGGAUUUUUCAUUGUUUGAAAUGUAUGCUUUCUUAUUUUUAUGUUACACACUUGAGCUGCGGUUUGAGGUGGCCUUAUAAGCAAAAGAACGCUCGGACUGCGCUUUGUAGUCUUCUUCCUGGUCCCUUGUUUUUAUUUCACUUCUUAUUACAAUUUUAGCACCCUUCAUUCUACGCCUCGAUAUUUUGAGCAUUUGUCAUGUUUUUCUUUUUUCUACAUGCUUUUGGAGGAAAAAAAAUAAAAAUGCUGGUGUUGAUUUUAA